CCCAGACAGACAAACAGGAGCUGCAUCAGUCCCACCAAUGUCAAGUUUUGUAUUGUUUGCCGUCCACUGCGCGCAAUUUGGCCUCCGUCAGAAGCGUCACGUUUUCAUGGGAGUUGAGAGAAAAGCCUCCAAAUGGACACACAAGGGGCGAAGACGGGACGAAAGGUGUGCGUAAACUGCUCCGUAUUCUGCGCCUUUGCCUUGCUCGUGUGCUUCUUGCACUCGGCAUGCGCACAGAUCCGCUACGCCAUCCCAGAGGAGCUGGAACACGGCGCCUUCGUGGGCAACGUAGCGGAGGACUUGGGUUUGGAUCUGGAUCAACUCUCUGCGCGAAGAUUCCGCAUCGUGUCCGGUACAAGGAGGCAGUACGUGGAGGUCAAUUUGGAAAAUGGAGUUUUAUUCGUAAACGAGAGGCUCGAUCGGGAAGAUGUGUGCGAGCAGAGUUUGGCGUGCUCGUUCCAUUUGCAAGUGGUGAUCGAAAACCCUCUGGAGUUGUACAGAGUUGAGGUCGAAAUUCUGGACGUAAAUGACAACUCCCCGAGCUUCCCGUGGAGCCAAUUUAAUCUUGACAUUUCGGAAUCCGCGGCACCGGGAUCCCGUUUCCCACUGGAGAGCGCGCAAGACUCGGACGUGGCUUCCAAUUCGUUGCGCACUUAUUUGCUGAGCGUCAAUGAGCAUUUCACUUUGGACAUCCAGACGAGGAGCGAUGGCAGUAAAUUCGCCGAACUGGUCCUCCAGAACCCGUUGGACCGGGAAGAGCAGGGCGCUCACCAGAUGGUUCUGACGGCGGUGGACGGAGGUUCGCCGGAGAGGUCCGGAAGCGCGCAAAUUGACAUCACCGUUUUGGACGCCAACGAUAACGCGCCUGUGUUCGACCACUCUUUCUAUCGCGUGCGACUGGCGGAGAACGCACCCAAGGGCGCAGUUGUCAUCAGACUCAACGCGUCCGACUUGGAUGAGGGCACCAACGCGGACAUCAGCUACUCUUUCAGCGGGCACGCGCCCAGCAAAGUGCGCCAGCUUUUCGCGGUGGACGCGCGCACGGGGGAAAUCAAAGUGAAGGGGCUGAUCGAUUAUGAAAAGGCAAGGAUGCAUGAAAUUUACAUCCAGGCGAAGGACAAAGGUCCUUCCGCCGUCGCGGUCCACUGCAAGGUGCUGGUGAACGUCUUGGACCGGAACGACAACCUCCCGGAGGUCAUCCUGACGUCCGUGUCCACGCCUGUGCACGAGGACGCGCCCCCGGGCACCGUCAUUGCUGUCAUCAGCGUCACAGACGAGGACUCGGGGGAAAACGGCAACGUGGACUGCGAGAUCCCAAAUCUGAUCCCCUUCCAGCUCCACUCCUCCUUUCAAAACUACUACACGUUGGUGACCAGUGAUUUUCUGGACAGGGAACGCGUGGCAGAGUAUAACAUCACUCUGACCGCAAGAGAUAUGGGUUCUCCGCCUUUAUUCACCAGGAAAACGAUCGUGGUGCAAGUUUCUGACGUGAACGAUAACGCACCGCUCUUCAAGCAACCUUCGUAUUCUGUCUAUUUGACUGAGAACAAUGCACCCGGGGCCUCCGUCUGCUCAGUGACGGCACAGGACCCAGACUAUGGGCAAAACGCGUAUCUCUCGUAUUCUAUAGCAGAAGCCGACAUCCAGGAGAUGCCCACCUCCACGUACGUGUCCAUCAAUUCCGAUAACGGGAAUAUUUACGCCCUCAGGUCGUUUGACCACGAGCAGUUAAAAAGCUUUCAGAUCACAGUGCAAGCUCGAGAUGCUGGAUUCCCACCUUUAAUCGGCAACGCUACAGUGACUCUCUUUAUUUUGGACCAAAAUGACAAUGCGCCCGUCAUCGUGUCGCCUCUUCCUGAAAACGGGACACCGCCAACCGAAGCGGUGCCGAGAUCUGCCGAUGCCGGCUACCUGAUCACCGCGAUACGAGCGGUGGACGCGGACGCGGGUCAGAACUCGCGCCUGUUCUUUCAGAUGCUCCAAGCGACUGAUCCGAGCUUGUUCAGUGUGGCUUUAUACACAGGGGAAAUCAGGACAGUACGGCAGCUCGUGGAGAAAGACCCCACGAGGCACAGAUUGGUCAUUCUGGUGAAGGACAAUGGCCAACUACCCCUCUCGGCCACAGUUUCCAUCAUUCUGUCAGUGGUUGACAGCCUGCCAGAAUCUCAGCCCGAUUCGGGUGACCUGUCCCUGAGCCCCCGUCACAGCUCCGACUUUAGCCUCUACUUGAUCGUGUCCCUGGGCGCUAUCUCCUUCACAUUUCUCGUGGCUAUCGUCGUCAUCGUUACCGUGAGGAGGCUGAAGGACAGAGCGUCCGGCAAAGAGUCCAACUUGCCCUGCGCCAGCGUGCGCUGCUGUUGUUGUCGCUCGGUAUCGCCCGGCAGCGCCGACGUCUUCAAAAAGUCCAAUUUGAACAUCAGAACGUCAGCGGACUCGGUCGGAUGCGCCGAGGCCGGCGGUAACAGCGCGCUCCCGCAAGCUUACUGCUACAAGAUGUGUCUGACGCCAGAAUCCUCCAAAAGUGACUUCAUGUUCCUCAAGCCCUGCAGUCCUGCCUUGUCUGGUCGGCAGAAUAAUUCCCAAAGCACAGACUACCUGACAUCUGGUUGGAGCGCACUGGGCCGCAAUGAGCUGGCCAACAGCCGAACUUCAUCCCCAAAAGAGCUUAAGUAUUCAAGUAAGGACUGGACCUGGACCAAGAACCAACGCAAUUCAACAUACAAGAGGUACAGCUGUGGAAAUAUGGAAGGCGCGCUAUCCCGUCCGCAGCAGUACGACGCUGAUGAGUAUUUCUGCUCUGUGGCGCCGCAGUACUGGACCUGGGGAAACCAAAUGAGUGACUGCAAGAUGUCUCUUCAAGACGAACACAACUGCACUUGGACUCCAAAGUACACGCAGCCUCAGUCUGAGGCUGCGGACUACCAGCAGAAUGUGUACAUUCCCUCGGAGACACCGGACUACCAGCACAAUGUGUAUAUUCCUGGCACCACAUCCGGCUACAGCACACUCAAGCUUGCGCCGCGGGGUGAGCUGGACGUCUACAACACCUUUUCUACUUUUGGGAAGAAAAAGAAAUUAAUCUCCAAAUAUGAACAGCCUUAUGACAGAGAUGAUGGGCUCAUAAGCAGUGCUAUUUUGAAAUGCCGCGCGAUGGCUUCUCUCGUGGCGCUUUCACGGACACGACUGCUGGUCGCAGCUUUUGCAUUCUGCGCGUUGUGCGGGUCAGUGCUUUCAAUCACUCGCUACUCCAUUCCGGAGGAGAUGGAAGAGGGUUCCUUUGUUGCCAACCUCGCCGCCGAUUUGGGUCUCGAUGUUCGGAGCAUGGUGGAGCGCAAAGCAAAGCUGGAUGUCAUUCACAGCAAAAAUUACCUUGACAUCAACAAAGAAACCGGUGAGCUCAUCAUCCGAGAGAAGAUGGACCGGGAGAGCAUCUGCAUGACCAAAACAGCCUCGUGCUUUAUGAAGAUGGAUGUCAUACUAGAAAACCCAAUUCGUAUUUUUAACAUCGAACUGGAGAUCAUGGACAUUAACGACAACGCGCCGGUGUUCCGGAGGAAGAGCAUUCAUUUGGAUGUUUCCGAGGCAACCCCUCCCGGUGAGAGAUUCUCGUUAACAAAUGCCGUCGAUGCGGAUGUUGGCGCUAAUUCAAUUAAGACUUACUAUCUCAGCGAGAGCAAAGACUUCAACGUUGACAUACAAACUGGCAGCGAUGGCUCCAAAUAUGUAGACUUGGUUCUGAAUGGCAAUCUGGACCGGGAGACAGACGCGGUGCAUAAUCUGAUUCUAACCGCGGUGGAUGGAGGGCUUCCUCCCCGAUCCGGCACAGCCAGUAUUAUUAUCAAUGUCCUCGAUAUCAAUGACAACGCCCCCCUCUUCACUCAGCCGGUGUUUGAAGUCAAUGUUGCAGAGAAUUCAGGUGUGGGGACAGUUGUCAUGACCUUAAAUGCAACAGAUUUGGACGAAGGCACAAACGCACGCUUAUUAUAUUCGUAUACGCUCUACACUUCUGAGAAGACACAGGAGCUCUUCUCGCUUGACCGACAUUCGGGGGAGAUCAAGGUUAAGGGGGUUGUUGAUUUUGAGGAGAAUCCGAGUUUUGAGAUGCACGUCCAAGCUCAGGAUGAAGGGUCCAGCCCGCUGUCAGGACACUGCAAAGUGACGGUGUCCGUCACCGAUUUGAACGAUAACUACCCCGAGAUGACCAUCAAGUCUCUGAAGAGCGCCACGGCCGAGAAUACGGCCGUGGGGACACUGAUUGCGGUGGUCGGCGUCAGCGACAGGGACUCGGGAGUCAACGGCCAAGUGGAGCUCACUUUAAGUCAGCAGGAAAAGCUACCCUUUGUGCUCAAUCAGUCCUCGGAGGGUUACUUCGAGCUCUUGGUUUCAAAGCCGCUGGACAGAGAGAUAAAGGGCAAAUACGAAAUAACGCUGAAGGUGACUGACAAAGGAACGCCGCCGCUCACUGAAAGCGAGACCUUCACCUUAGAGAUUCAUGAUAUCAACGACAAUGCUCCCACAUUCCCGCAGUCCUUCUACACCAUCCACGUGAUGGAGAAUAAUCUGCCGGGAGCCUUGCUGACAUCUCUGAAAAAUGCCGACCUUUAUGCCUUGAAGACCUUCGAUUUUGAGCGAGAGAGGGAGUAUCUUUUCCACAUUGAGGCGAGGGACUCCGGUGUCCCCGCGCUGAGCAGCAAUGUUACGGUUCAUAUCAUCAUUCUGGACCAAAACGACAAUAUCCCUGUCAUAGUGUCGCCGUGGCGGGCGCAGGGCUCUGUCGUCGAGCAGGUGAUACCGAGGUCUACAGAUAAGGGACACCUAGUGGCCAAAGUGAUCGCCAUCGACGCCGACUCGGAGCAGAACGGCAGGGUCACGUAUCAGCUCUUGCAAAUCAGCGAUACCAGCCUCUUCAGUCUAGACCAGUACAACGGCGAGAUCCGGACAACCAGAAUGUUCAGCUACAGAGACCCCCGGCAACAACGCCUGGUAAUUGCCGCGAAAGACAACGGCAACCCGGCCCUCUCCACCACCGUCACCAUCAAAAUUGCCACUGUCGAGCACGCCACGGCAUUUUCGGAGACAACGGAGUUGCCGCUGGAGUAUGACCUCUUCACAGACCUCAACUUGUAUUUAGUCAUCGGUUUAGGGGCCGUUUCCUUCAUGCUGCUCAUUACCAUAUUGGUGAUUAUCGUGCUAAAGUGUCAAAAGCCCAAGCCAAAGGCCAUCAAGAUGCCCCCAGCUAAUCGGAACAGCGUGAUCAGCAGGAAUAGCGUGAUCAGCCAGAGGAGCUCCACUAUCGCGGACUCCACUUUGAUCUCCAGCGACGCCUACUGGUACAGCCUCUUUCUCGCAGAGACCAGGAAAGGCAAAGUAGUCGUCAGACAGCCCAUAAUACCCAAAGGGGCUGGCUACUUUGUGUCCAGUAUACCCAGGAGCAUAGGGCCAAGUGAGACCACAGAGUCCAGAGCAUCUACACUGGAGGCAUCCUAUGAGUUUGCAAUGGCUGUUGCGGGGAUACGCAACCGGCUGGGGAGCAACGUGCCUUUUUAUUAUUUUGUCAUAUUCUCCUUAUUUUGUGGCCUUUCCGUUGGACAGUUGCGCUAUUCUGUAACGGAAGAACUGGAAAACGGAGCGCUGGUCACCGAUCUGGCGUAUGACUUGGGGCUGGAUAUUCGAAAGCUGGCCAGCCGCAAAAUCAAGGUAACCUCCAGCAGCAGCAGUAAACGCUACGUGAUUGUCAACCCGAAAAAUGGCAAAAUGCUUGUUAAUGAAAGGAUCGACAGGGAGGCGCUGUGUGAUAUAUCCAGCAGCUGCCUCAUCAAUCUGGAGGUCCUCGUCGAAAAUCCUACCGAGGUGCACCACGUUGUGCUGGAGAUCGUGGAUGUCAAUGAUAAUGCGCCACAGUUCCCCCGGGAUGAGUACCAAGUCGAGAUCACAGAAUCGGCAUUACCGGGGUCCCGGUAUCCCAUUGAAAAUGCCCAGGAUCCGGACAUUGGGUCCAAUUCGGUGCGCUUGUAUCAGCUGAGCCCAAACGAGCAUUUCGCGCUGGUAUCCAACAAACCCUCCUUAAAUACAAAGCACAUCGAGCUUGUGCUCAAGAAGCCCCUGGAUCGGGAGCAAACGCCUUACCACCAGUUAAUUCUAAGUGCUGUUGACGGCGGGACACCGGAAAAAACCGGCACGGCUAUCGUCAACGUGCGAGUGUUGGACUCAAACGACAACGUUCCCAUGUUCGACAGCUCUGUGUACAAGGUGAAACUGUUGGAGAAUUCGCCCAAAAACACGCUGGUCAUCAAACUGAAUGCUACCGAUCUGGAUGAGGGCAAGAACGGAGAGGUUUACUACUCUUUUAGCAGCUACACUCCUGAGCGGGUGAGGCAGAUGUUCAGCAUGGACACGAACACAGGAGAAAUACGAGUAAGCAGAAAUGUUGACUACGAAGAGACCAACUCCUACGAGAUGUACAUCCAAGCAAUGGACAAAGGCCCCGGGGCAGUGGCGGCACACUGCAAGGUGGUGGUAGAGGUGGUGGACGUGAACGACAACGUCCCUCAGAUUGUGCUGUCGUCCCUGUCGAGCCCGGUGAGGGAGGACGCCCGCGCUGACACGGUGGUGGCCCUCAUCAGCGUCACCGAUCGCGACUCCGGCGCCAACAAGCAGGUGACUUUAGAGAUCCCGGCAGGCCUUCCUUUCAAGAUCAAAUCAUUCAGAAACUACUACACCCUGGUUACCUCAGCGUUCUUGGACCGCGAGACCACCGAUGCCUACAAUGUCACGCUGAGUGCUACAGACGGAGGAGCCCCCCCUCUUUCCUCUCAGAAGACCAUCCGGGUAGAUGUGGCCGAUGUCAACGACAACCCACCGCGAUUCGAGCAGACAUCGUAUACGGUCUACGUGACCGAGAACAACGCCCCCGGGGCCUCUUUGUGUACGGUGAAAGCUCAAGACGCCGACAUCAAGGAGAACGCUCGCAUCACCUACACGGUGCUCAAUGACAAUAACCACGGCAUCCCCGUCACGUCUUAUGUGUCUGUGAAGGCCGACACCGGGGAGGCCUAUGCCCUGCGAGCCUUCGACUAUGAGUCACUGAGAGAGUUUCACUUCCAGGUCAAAGCCCAAGAUGGGGGCAUUCCUCCGCUUAGUCGCGUCGCCACCGUCUACAUCUACAUCAUGGAUCAGAACGACCACGCGCCACUGAUCGUCAGCCCUCCGGGUAAUGGCACACGCUCCUUGGAGACGGUUCAAAAGAACGCAGAUCCCGGAGCUUUGGUGACCAAAGUGGUGGCGUACGAUGCAGAUGCCGGUCCAAACGCCUGGCUGGUGUACGUGCUGGAGACCGCUACGGACCUGGACUUGUUCAAGGUCCACGAACACACGGGUGAGAUCAGGACCACUCGUAGGAUCCUGGAGGAAAACUCCACCUCAUUUGCUCUGACAGUCUUGGUGAAAGACCACGGGCAGCCUGCGCUCUCCUCCACUGCCACCAUCAAUGUGGCUGUCAUGGAGGUGCCCCCCAAGGUUGUCCCGGACCCCAAAAGGAUCAUCAGACCUCACAGCACCCUGCUUUUCUCAAACGUGACGCUGUACUUGAUUGUCGCUCUGAGCGCCACCACCUUUGUUUUCCUGGUCACCGUGGUGGUGCUGGCCAUUGUCCGCUGCCAUGCUUAUUGCACGCAACCUGGAUCCUGCUCCCCUUGCUGUGGUUCACAGAAACCCCCUCCAGAUGGUGGGAACAGUAGUGUGAGUGCGGGUGGAGGAGGGGCCGCUGGUGGAGCUGCAGGGCAACCUAAUAACAAUGUGGUACUCCGGAGGGACCUUAAAGUUGAGCCUCACUACAUUGAAGUGCGCGGGAAUGGCUCGCUAACAAAGACUUACUGCUACAAGACCUGCUUGACGGCCACCUCCGGCAGUGACACCUUCAUGUUCUACAACACAGGAAGGCCCAUCAGUGGCACCUGGGGCAGCGGCGCUGACCGCUUCUUCACAAGCGGAAGCGGAUUUGUACGCAGGCUGAGCAUGCCGGAUGCCUCACUUCAAAUCUGCCCAGAGCCAAAAGCCCCAAAUGCUGACUGGCGAUAUUCUGCAUCUUUGAGAGCUGGCGUGCAGAGUUCAGUCCACAUGGAGCAGGCCUCUGUGGUGCAGGGAGCCCAGGGCAUGCUGGUCCAGAACUGGCCUACUGUGUCCAGUGCUGCAGAUGGAGAGGGUGGCGGCGAGCUCUCCCCUCCGGUCGGCGCCGGCGUCAACAGCAACAGCUGGCACUUCCGAUACGGAGCCGGACAGAGCUAUUGCCCGCCGCAGGGCCUGAAGCCUGGCGAGAUUCCUCCCGAAGCCUUCAUCAUCCCCGGAUCCCCGGCCAUCAUUUCUAUCCGCCAUGACGCCGGCCCUGUUGACAAUAAAGGGGACUUCAUAAGCUUCGGCAAGAAGGAGGAAGCCAAGAAGAAGAAAAAGAAGAAGAAGGAUAAGAAGGAAAAGAAGGAGAAAGGAAAGGAUGACGGAGAGGAAGAAUAAAGAGGGGUGAAUUGAAGCUAUUAAGAUGCCAUUCUGAAUUACAGAGCCAGAAAACAAGCCAAAUCGAUUUAGGUAGAGGGGAGUCUCUUUGCACCAUAUGCACAACAGUACAUAUACUAUAUUUACAUUGUACAGUUGCCAAUCCCUUAUUAGAGCGAGCCUGGCUCUCUGCACACAGCAAACGUGCUUAACAAAUGCUCGCUCUCUUCCAUGGCUCAUUUGACCUUCAACUUUGACCCGGAGAAAAUAAUUCUAUUCAAAUGUACGUUCAAAAGGAAUUUUACAGGAUUGGUGUAACCUGUGAAUUUCCUCACUCCCACGUUUGUAUAACGGAAACUAAAAUGACCCAAAAAAAAAAAAAAAAAAAGGGAUUUGUAUUCAACUAUUGUCAGCAAAGGAUGCCUGUGCUGGCACCUUAGAAAUAAUGCACCCCGCCUUCUCAUACUGUCUCAACUAGCUAGGCAUGAAGUGAAAGCCAAACUGAAAAAUAUGACUUUGUCUUGUCAGUAUUAAGUGAACAUUGUAGAAAUUCAGCAAAUGUGGUCUUUUCCAUUUCAACAAAAAAGGUGAUGUAAACAUGAAAAAGAAACAACUGAUAUGCAGAAAGUGAGAUUCUCACCUUAAGAGUCAAAAGUGACUGAGACAAGAACAUCAACAAAGUUCAAAUGCAGCAAUCUGUCAGUAUAACAGAGCACAUUGCCAAGGUUAAGGAGGACCUACCGUCCGGGUUGCAACACCUAAAUGAAUUUUGUUCCCAGGUCAACGUCACAACUUGUUUGAAAUUUACUACAUUUGAUUGUACUGUGAUAUAUUUAUUAAGGGGCAUUCUAAGGCUCUUGCUCGUUUUAGCAUUAGAACGUUAAAUAAGAAGAGCCAACCAGGAAACCAGAAUCAGUCUGCUACACUGUAAAGAAAUUUGAUUCAUGGUUUGUCAAUAGUAUAUCGCCCAACAUAGGAUAAGACCGUAAUAUAGGCUUUUUUAUUUUUUCUUAACCCGUCCUCAACAAAUCACAACACUGCUGAGCAUUUUCUAAAGUUCCCCAUUCUAUAUUGGAAAUGGGAUAUUCUUAAUUUCUUCCAUUAAAUUCAAAUGGAGUCCAUCAGGCAUUUGCCAAGUUUAAGUUUGGUUUUGGUCAAACUAAACAUUGGUUGAUGUAAGAAAAAUGAUGACAAAGGAAAUGUCCACUAGUUAUUUAGAAAUGCAGUAUAAUGUAAAUUCAAAAAAAAGAAUAAUAAUCUUAAAUUUUGGUGAGUGCAAUUAUGUGACUUGGUAUCAUUUGCAUCAGCUAUCGGCUUACCUAUUAUGUUGUUCCCUCUUGUAGUCUUGUGACGCAGUGUAAAAUGUGCAGCUGAUGCAACCGCCCCCUGACCUUUGCCACUUUCCAUGCAAUACGGCACAACUCCAACGGGGUCAUCUUAAUCCAGUUGUGCACCGUCAUACUCAAUCCGAGAGACACAUUAUUAUCGUAAACACCGACUCCCCAAUAUAAACGUUCCGACAAUGUUUUUUUUCUUCUCAGUGCUGCAUAUGCAACCUGCAAAAAUAUGGAAUAUGCACCCUGUUCUCGAGGCUCCAAGUCUGAGGGUCAAUGGCAUUCUUAAUGACGAGAGUAUUAUUCUCCGGCUGUAAAGCGGGAACAUUGCUUGAUCCCUCUUCUUCUGUCUUUGAAUGUUAAGUAGAUGUUCUUCAAGCUCAUCGCCACCGCUUCGACUGCUUCAGUGCUUGUAGGACGUGCUUGCCCGCUGCUUGUUUCCUCUCUCCCUUCUCCCGUCCACCCGAAUCGACAUAGUCGGGAGUAACAUCUGUAAAGUCAUUCCCCUUUAAAUGGACUGUGCGGUCAUGUCAUGUCUUUGCAUAUUCAUAAACAGAGGACACUGUGCUACCUAUUGUCAAAUGUCUAAUCAAUUGACAUCUGAACAUCUGAAUCGUUUGAAGUUGGAAGGCAUUUACCAUUAGCACCAACAAGAGUUUGAACAUUAAUGUUGAUUAUGGUGCAGUCGGUUGAAGUGAGUCCACAUGCAAAAUACUUAUUUUGCAUUUGCUCGAUAACGGCAAAUAAGCAGUAGGGUUUUUUUUAAAUUUAUUAGCUGUUUUGCUAGUGUAUAAAAAGAUGAACUUUAUUUUGCCCUUACUGAAGGAACCUGGGUCUAGCAUGGAAGAAAACGUGUAGUUUGAGCUGAAGGCAAUGCAACUGGGAGUCUCUCAUGUGUGUCAGCGUUACUUUUCCGGAAACCUCCUAUUUCCAGUCACAGCUGUAGGCGCUGCUGUCAUGCUCCAAACCAACCAUGCUCACGUUCCCUUGGCCCGCCCGUCCGUCAGGUGUACUUCUGUGCUCUCAGAUCACCAAGUGUUUGCAUGUUAUAAGCAAAAGGAAACAGAUAUUAUAAAAAUACUAUAUAUACUUAUACCUUUUUUUUUUUUUUUCACUGGGAAAUGUGUAUUGGAAACCACAAACCUGAAUACACAUCCAUGCACACACAAUACAAACAGUAAAGCAAUUUGUGGCAAAACCUAAAACUAUCACAUUUUUUAAUCCUGUAAAAAUAGCAUUGGAUCAUCUACACAGUAUAUACAUGAUCCUAUUGUGUUAUGCUACGAAAUGCCUUUUUUUUGCAUACGGUUUUCAUUGGUAAGAAAAUUGACCCUUACUUGUGUUAACCUUUGAAAUGAUCAAACAAACACUGUUGCGAACUCAUGCGCACACACCCUCCAUGGUUAUUCCUUGCUUAAUGAAGACAAAAGGUUGAAAAAAAAAAAAAGAGAUAAAAUGAAAAAAAAAAAAUUUGAUGUAUUCUCUGCUCGUGUAUAGUGAAUAUUUGUCGGUCACUGGGUGUGACAGUGGGUGGCACAUGCUAGUUGACUGUGACAGUGCAAAUCUGUUCAUAAACUUAUUUUGUACACCUGCUUAUUGUUAAGGUGAUAAUAGUGGUUUUAAUGAGUUCAUCAACCUGGUAAUGUGUUUUGUUAAUAAGUCACAAAUAAAGUUUUUCUUAAAUAUCUCAAA